AAAGGCAGGAGCUCAGAGGGCUCAUCGCCGCCGCUGCCGUCGCCGGGGCUGCGCAGGCGCAGCGUCCCUGUUUGUCCGCCCUGGAGAAGGGAGAGAGGUACGGUGGAAGUCAAAACCCUAACCCAGCCGGAGCUAGACUGACUUGCCUCGGGCCGGAACAAGUCAGUUCCGGUGCGGACCGAAGGACCUCAGAGUGAAUGGAGGCGGCCUGGCCUUGAGAUCAACGCUAGCGGGGCCAGCCUGGCCGCCGGGCCUACAAAACCGGCAGGCAGGCGUGCCGAAGCCACCCAGGGCCUAACCUCAGGUCCCGGGCAAGAAGCUUAGGCUCCGGCCUGACAGCGAGGCUUGGCUCGUCCCCCUUGGGGCUACAGUCCGCCCGGACCGGAACCACAGCCUCCACAGGUGACAGACGCCGGUGAGUAGUAGGGCCCGGGCCUCCCGUCGGGGCCGGACUGGGACGAGGCCCCGGGGAGGCCCCGAGACCACCUUUCUGGCCUUUGCUCAGGCCGACAUACGCCGGGAAGAUGCAACGCGCCCUACCCGGUGCCCGCCAGCAUUUGGGGGCCAUUCUGGCCAGUGCCAGCGUGGUGGUGAAGGCGCUGUGCGCCGCGGUUCUAUUCCUCUAUCUGCUCUCCUUCGCCGUGGACACAGGCUGCCUGGCGGUCACCCCAGGCUACCUCUUUCCACCCAACUUCUGGAUCUGGACCCUGGCCACCCAUGGGCUGAUGGAGCAGCACGUGUGGGACGUGGCCAUCAGCCUGGCCACAGUGGUGGUGGCUGGGCGUUUACUGGAGCCCCUCUGGGGAGCCUUGGAGCUACUCAUCUUCUUCUCAGUGGUGAAUGUGUCCGUAGGGCUUCUGGGGGCCUUUGCCUACCUCCUCACCUACAUGGCUUCCUUCAACUUGGUCUACCUGUUCACUAUUCGUAUCCACGGCGCCCUGGGCUUCCUAGGUGGUGUCCUGGUGGCACUCAAGCAAACUAUGGGAGACUGUGUGGUUCUGCGAGUGCCCCAGGUCCGCGUCAGCGUCGUUCCCAUGUUACUGCUGGCGCUGUUGCUACUGCUCCGGCUGGCCACGCUGCUCCAGAGCCCGGCACUGGCUUCCUACGGCUUCGGGCUACUUUCCAGUUGGGUAUAUCUUCGCUUCUAUCAGCGCCAUAGCCGGGGCCGAGGAGACAUGGCUGACCACUUUGCUUUUGCCACCUUCUUCCCUGAGAUCCUUCAGCCUGUGGUGGGGCUGCUGGCGAACUUGGUACAUGGCCUCCUAGUGAAAGUAAAGAUAUGCCAGAAGACAGUGAAGCGCUAUGAUGUGGGAGCACCAUCCUCCAUCACUAUCAGCCUCCCGGGCACUGACCCUCAAGACGCAGAGCGGAGAAGGCAACUGGCCCUGAAGGCUCUCAAUGAGCGGCUGAAGAGAGUAGAGGAUCAGUCUGUCUGGCCCAGCAUGGAAGAUGAUGAAGAGGAGGCUGGGGCCAAAAUGGACAGUCCUCUACCCUCAGAAAAAGUGUCCACACCCCCAGGAAAGGGGACUGUUCCAGAAUCCAGUCUCAUCACCUUUGAGGCAGCUCCCCCAAAGCUGUAACUUCAGACCUCCUUGAGUGUAGCAUUUCCACUCCCAACCCCCUUUCCCAUACCUCUCAGCUACUUCCGAGCACUGACUGCUCUGAAGAGAGGGAUGAAGGCCUGCUGGAGACUUCCAUGGCCUUCCGCUGUUUCUCGCCAACACUAUCCAGGGCCCUUAUGACCUGGUUCCAACUCCAGACAACCACUAUGCCAGGCAUGGGGCCUCUGAGGCCAUCAGCCAGUCCAGACCCCCAUUUGAGGUAAGAUUGUACCUCAGCAAGUACAAUUCCUCAUCAAGAAAGUGGCUGCAGGGACACUGGUGCCACAGCUCCUGGGCUGGUCUUCACAUCUGAAACUCGUUGCCAAGAGCCCUGAGCCAAGGCAAGGAUUUGUAUUUGCCAAAAAUGUUCUGGGAGGCCCAGCCAGUGCAAGAGCCAAUGUGGGGCUGCACAUCCCUGCCCACCCUGAGAAGACUGUUCACAUCAGGAUUUCUUGUUUCCCUCUGCUGUGGCAGUGACUGCUUCUGGCCAGAGUAACCACAGCUCCCAGGUAUUUUCUACAGGACCACUUGAGCGGGCAGCCAAGCCUAGCCUUACAGUAUCAAUAAAGCAGUUCUUUGAGGUGUGGCUCCUGGGCUCUGUAA